CACCAGCAGCAGCCCGGCCCUACCGCUGCAACGCCGGUGGCGCAGCCAAGAGAGCAGCUGCCGCCGCGACUCCUUAAAUAGCAUCACGACCCGGCGCGGUGCACUUCGUGGAUCGCAGUGACAGCCGCCCGCGGAGCGGCCGGGGUGGGGAGGGCUCAGCGGAGGAGAAUUCUGCCUAGGGAAGCACCAACACAGGACUAUGGAAGUCCAUGAAUUGUUCCGGUAUUUUCGAAUGCCUGAGCUGAUCGACAUCCGGCAGUACGUGCGUACCCUUCCGACCAACACACUCAUGGGCUUCGGAGCCUUUGCAGCACUCACCACUUUCUGGUACGCCACAAGGCCUAAGGCCCUGAAGCCACCAUGUGACCUCUCCAUGCAAUCUGUGGAAGUACCGGGUACUGAAGGCGCUCGAAGGUCGGCGCUCCUUGACAACGACAAGCUGUUGGUGUACAUCUACGAUGAUGUCAGGACCCUGUAUGAAGGCUUCCAGAGGGGGAUUCAGGUGUCAAACAAUGGCCCAUGUUUAGGUUCUAGAAAGCCAAACCAGCCCUAUGAGUGGAUUUCCUACAAGCAGGUUGAAGAACUGGCUGAGUGCAUAGGCUCAGCGCUGAUCCACAAAGGUUUCAAGGCUUGCCCAGAGCAGUUCAUCGGCAUCUUUUCUCAAAACAGACCUGAGUGGGUGGUCAUCGAGCAGGGGUGCUUUGCUUACUCGAUGGUGAUUGUCCCGCUGUACGACACCCUUGGAACCGAAGCCAUCACCUACAUAGUGAACAAAGGUGAACUCUCUGUGGUUUUCACUGACAAUCCAGAAAAGGCCAAACUCUUAUUAGAAAGCGUAGAAAAUAAGUUAACGACAUGCCUUAAAGUCGUAGUCAUCAUGGACUCCUUCGGCAGCGACCUGGUGGAACGAGGCAACAAGUGUGGGGUAGAAAUCAUCAGCCUGAAAGCUCUGGAGGACCUUGGAAGAGUAAACAGGAAGAAGCCCAAGCCUCCAGCACCAGAAGAUCUUGCAAUAAUUUGUUUCACAAGUGGAACUACAGGCAACCCCAAAGGAGCGAUGAUCACUCACCAAAACAUUGUGAGCGACUGCUCAGCCUUCGUGAAAUCGACGGAGGCCACAUUCCUCGUUUCCUCAGAUGAUACUCUGAUAUCUUUCUUGCCUCUCGCCCAUAUGUUUGAGACCGUUGUAGAGUGUGUAGUGCUGUGUCAUGGAGCUAAGAUAGGAUUUUUCCAAGGAGAUAUCCGGCUGCUUAUGGACGACCUCAAGGUGCUUCAGCCCACAAUUUUCCCUGUGGUUCCAAGGUUGCUGAACCGCAUGUUUGACAGAAUUUUUGGACAAGCAAACACUACAGUGAAGCGAUGGCUGUUGGACUUUGCCUCCAAAAGGAAAGAAGCAGAGCUUCGCAGCGGCAUCAUCAGAAACAACAGCCUGUGGGAUAAACUCAUCUUUCACAAGAUACAGUCGAGCCUGGGUGGGAAAGUCCGGUUAAUGGUCACAGGAGCCGCCCCAGUGUCCGCCACAGUGCUGACGUUUCUGAGAUCAGCUCUCGGCUGUCAGUUCUAUGAAGGCUACGGACAGACCGAGUGCACUGCUGGCUGCUGCCUGAGCAUGCCUGGAGACUGGACGGCAGGCCAUGUUGGUGCCCCCAUGCCUUGCAAUUAUGUAAAGCUUGUUGAUGUGGAAGAAAUGAAUUACAUGGCUGCCAAGGGCGAGGGCGAGGUGUGUGUCAAAGGGCCAAACGUGUUCAAAGGCUACUUGAAGGACCCAGCAAAAACAGCAGAAGCCCUGGAUAAAGACGGCUGGUUACACACGGGGGACAUUGGAAAGUGGCUGCCAAAUGGCACCUUGAAGAUUAUCGACAGGAAAAAGCACAUCUUUAAACUAGCCCAAGGAGAGUACAUAGCACCAGAAAAGAUUGAAAAUAUCUACCUGCGAAGCGAAGCUGUGGCCCAGGUGUUUGUCCAUGGAGAAAGCUUACAGGCGUUUCUCAUAGCAAUUGUGGUACCAGACGCUGAGAACCUGAGCUCCUGGGCCCAGAAGAGAGGAUUCCAAGGAUCCUUUGAAGAGCUGUGUAGAAACAAGGAUGUCAAAAAAGCCAUCCUGGAAGACAUGGUGAAACUUGGGAAGGAAGCUGGUUUGAAGCCAUUUGAACAGGUCAAAGGGAUUGCCCUACACCCCGAGUUAUUUUCUAUUGACAAUGGCCUUCUGACCCCAACGAUGAAGGCAAAAAGGCCAGAGCUACGGAACUAUUUCAGGCCACAGAUAGAUGAACUGUAUUCCACCAUCAAGAUUUAAUGUGAGGAAGAAUACUCGGAAGAAACGGCGCACCUCCACAAUCCUCCUUGUACCAAUGGCCUUCGCAUUGGUAACUUUGCCUGCAGCGCGUGUAGGAAGGGACACUGUCGCGAUGGACUAGUCCACAGGGUCUUACCUAGGGGUGUUAGAGGGCACGGAACACUGCCUUACAGUCACCUGCGCUGCAGCCCAUGACCCUGCUGAUACACAACUUCCAAAACGAGCCUUAACUAUUGUAAAGGGGAACCCAUAAAAGUGCUAAGUUAUUUAAGACUUCCUCAACCGGUAAGGUGGAUGUUAGAACUUCUGUCUCCUGUCUUUCUAACCAAGGGGUUAGGACUUGCUCUUUCUGAUAUAUCUGCUACUUGCUGCAUCUUCUGCAGCUGUCUGCUGCUCUGAAGGGUACAGUGCACUGGAGGAGAGCUGUCCCUUUAAGAACUGUCCAGGCUGAAGGAAGUCACAGUGGACCAGGGAUUUUUCUUUUUAAACCCCUUCUCCCAUCCCUUUCUCCACCUCACAUGUAAUACACUCACACGACCCAUCCGAUUUGUAAGGGUUCCAAAUGGUCCCUGUUGUGCCUGCUGGGUCAUGAGGUUCCCAGGAAACUAAAGAACAGAACCUCCUCAGAAAAACAUGGGUGCCCAGUCUCAGAAAACAAAAACAAAUAAAUAAAAAUAAAUAAAUAAAAUGACUCCCAGCUCACACAGGAUACUCUCAGACUCUUCUCCAAAUCUGGUCCCCCACCCCGCUUCUUCCCAGGGGUUGUGAGAAAUCCUGCCUUAGACUCUGCAAUGAAGAUGGUAUUUCAAAGGAUGACCUGGAUGGGCCAUGCUCAACUGUGAUGCCUCCGCCGCUGCCACCGGCUCCCCGUGCAGCCAGCUCAUUUCUGUGACAGCCACUGGGCUCCAAACGUGGUUUUCCUAGCAAAUGAUGGUGUGGUGAUCACAACUUGCUUUUCUUUUCCUCCCAAUUAAACUCAGGCAAAGCAUUGUCCUCAAAACUGUUAAGGGAGUUUAUAUACAUGGGUACCUAUUAAAACGGACAAGUAAUACGUGAAUUAUCUUUAAUUACAAAACUGCUUGAUUUCUGCGAAAUGCAUUUGACAAGCCAAAAUUCUGGGAUGAAGAAAUCUGGAAAAAAGAAUCAUAUCCUGGGAUUAACUUCUCAAGGUUUUUGUUGUUGUUGUUGUUGUUGUUUUGUUUUUGUUUUUAUUUUAAGUUAAUUUGGGAAAUUAGCAGCAUUUCACUUUCCUGCGAGUCUUUGCCACAUCUGACCUAGUCAAGCUGUUGUCUAUACAUUUGAAGCCGCCGUUGCUGGCUGUGUGACGGCGCGUGUGUUACUGAAGCACAGCUGGGUUUGCACUAAGGAGCCGUCAUUGUAAUAACACUAUUUGGUAGCCUAACUUCAUGUUUGUAUUCUUAAUUGCACAGGAAGUCGAUAAUCUGUCACAAUGGGGUUUUGAAUGUUUGCCUUCAGUGUUGGCUAUUUCUAUGUUUUAUAAACCAAAACAGAAUUUCCAAAAACAAUGAAGGAAACCAAAAUAAAUAUUUCUGCAUUUCGA